CUGCUCAUUGUGGGUAGUUUAAUUAUGAAUAUGGGAGAGUGCUUUCACAUUGACAUAGAGUGGCUUCCCAAGAGAUCUUACAAUGGCACCACUGCAGUGGUACAGCUGUGUCGUUGGAAGCUCUGUUUUGUAGACCUAUCUAAAGUAACCAUUCUGUGAUAACUUUUCGAGCUGUAAUGUAAUGCUAACUCUUAAUUGCGUAUUUUGUUUAGUUAUGACUUAUUGUUUCGGGCCAUGCUUCUGCAUCAUUUACCAUUUAGCUUGUUUACUUAUGUUUUAUUUUAUACUUCCUUAUCCUUCCUCAUAAAAUACUUGCUUUUACAUAGAGCUAUAAAUAAUUGCUGCUGAUUCAUGUGUCUGAAACUAGGUAAUCCUCUAAGAUUCAAGUUUCAGGAAGCUAGAGUGCUAAAAAUGUAUAGUGAGUACAAAGGUGGAGGACAUUUACAUUGUUGUCUUGAGGCUGGAGAUAUCUAGACUAAGGUUAUCCCAAGUUUUCCAAACACUUUUGCUGUCUCAGCACUUUUGAUAAAGCAAAGAUGUCUGCAAACUCAGGACUACCACCAUACUAUGAAAAUCAUGGCUAUCAGCCAGAAAACUUCUAUUUUGUCCGACAGCCUGUGAAUACUAACAUGUAUCCACAAUACCCUCCUACAUAUUAUCCUCCAUCAGUGCCACAUUAUGUCCCAAGAGUUCCUACUCCUCAAUCAGCUCCCCCAGUAGUACAGCCAAAGCCGCCAUCAGCGAAACUGUGCACAUCAAAUCUUAAGAAAACUCUGUGCAUCAUUUUUUCUAUUGCAAUACUACUGAUUGGUGCCGUAAUUGCAGCUGUCCUUAUCUGGUAUUUUGUGACCAAUAGCUGUCUUGGCUCAUCAAUACAGUGUGGAUCUUCAGGAACAUGUGUGUCACCAUCUCAGUGGUGUGAUGGAGUGGCCGACUGCUCCAACGGAGAAGAUGAAAACCGAUGUGUUAGACUCUAUGGACCAAAUUUUAUCUUGGAGGUCUAUUCAUCUGUCAGCAAAUCCUGGCAUCCAGUAUGCUAUGACGACUGGAAUGAUGACCAUGGAAAGAUAGCUUGUAAAGAUAUGGGAUACAAUGAAAAUUCUUAUUACUAUAGUCAAAGAAUAGCUGAAAGAGUUUCUACAAACUUUAUGAAGUUGAAUACAAGUGCUGGGAACAUAGACCUGUACAAAAAACUGUAUAAAAGUGCCUCUUGUGUAUCGGGAGCGGUGGUAUCUCUGCGUUGCGUAAAGUGUGGCCUGUCCAGUAAAAAUGUGAGUCCCAGUGGCAGAAUUGUGGGUGGAAGUGCUUCUGCACUGAAGGAAUGGCCGUGGCAGAUCAGCCUUCAAGUCCAAGGCUCCCAUGUAUGUGGAGGCUCCAUUAUCACCCCUGAAUGGAUAGUGACAGCAGCUCACUGUGUGGAAGGACAGCUUUCUUCUCCAUACUAUUGGACUGUGUAUGCUGGGAUUCUGACACAAUCAGAAACACGCUACAGAAGCGGAUACAAAGUGACGAAAAUAAUUUCCCACCCAAAUUAUAAUUCAGAUUCUAAAGACAAUGACAUUGCCCUGAUGAAGUUACAGACACCGCUGAGGUUUACUGAUACUGUCGGACCAGUUUGUUUGCCCAACCCUGGAAUGUUGUUCCAAUCUAAUCAAGAGUGCUGGAUAUCUGGAUGGGGAGCAGUACAGCAAGGGGGUAAGUCUUCAGACGUCUUGAAUGCUGUAAUGGUGCCUUUAAUAGACCACAAUACAUGUAAUUCUGCCACAGUCUAUAAUGGCUUAGUUUUGCCUACCAUGAUAUGUGCUGGAUAUCUGAAAGGAGGAAAGGAUUCCUGCCAGGGUGACAGUGGAGGUCCAUUAGUAACUGAGAAAAACUCAGUGUGGUGGCUAGUUGGCGACACAAGCUGGGGAUCUGGCUGUGCCAGUUUGAGAAAACCUGGAGUUUAUGGAAAUAUGACUGUGUUCACUGACUGGAUUUACAGAAAUAUGCAGGCAAAUAGAUGAUCAUGGUAUCUGCUAUUCUUGCUGAAUCACUUUCAAGAACAGCCCUAAAUGGAACAAUGGCUUUCUUGUUUAUGUACUUUUUAAAAGAAUUUGUAGGUUCUUAAUUAUUUUUUAAACUACUUGGAAAUGUCGUCAAGUUUUGCACACUCAGUUCUGUGCUGGCUGCAGUGACUGAUCUAUUUAAUGAAGUAGAAGAUUCACAACACGCACCUUUCUCAUGAUGGUGACUGGUGGCACAAAGUUGCUUAAACUGGUAACUGACAUGUUCUUUUCAUUUUGUCGCUUCCAAAUGUAUAGGAUUUUCUAUAAUCACAGUUGUAACUGAAAUUAUCACUUGUAACUGAAAUUAUCAAUUACAAGCAGGGUUUUUUGACACUUGCCUUAUUGGCAUACUUUAAUUUUAAACUAACUCAUGGUGUGAAUAUGAAUCUCUGGGGUCCUAGCUAGUGACUUAAAGAGGAAAACACAUGGCGAAUGUCAGUCUUGGCAUUUUUCUUGAAGGGAAGCUGUUUCAUGUAUUGGACACUAGAGACAAGGAGAAAUGUCAUGGCAUAUAUUCAGGUAAUUAAAAAUCCUCAGGAUCUUUGCAAGAGCAGUAACAGCCAGGCUGAUCUCUUUGGAUUUACUCCCAACAUAAACAGGAUCGGCAUUUAGCUUUGUAAUUGAAAAUGUGCCAUUGUUCUUCACUGUUGCCUUUCCUAGGUCCUACAUCUAGUAUACAUGAGAAAUAUGAUAACUGCUGUUCCCAGCAGCCUAUCUUGACAAGCUCUUCUGGUUUGUUGCAGGACACCGUGUAUUAACAGCAUGUUCAGGUUUAUGAUGUGGGUGUUGCUAUUUGACUCUGAAAAUUCCCUUCUGAAAUGCGAAGAACAAUGCUUUGCUGUGCUCUUCCAUGUGGUCAUUCUGUGAUCACAGCGUAGGUAGAGAAGGCUGAAAAUAGAGAUUUAAGAAAAUUAAACCCUUUCCAUCUAAACACAUUACUACCUCAGUUUUAGAGUACAGUAAUUUGAUGUUUAACUCCAUAGAAUGUUCUCUGAACAUGUCUAACCUCUAGCUAUUUUAGCAGACAAAUUAAAUUAAACAUUGGUAUAGCUCUGACAAAUUGA